AUGACAAAAAAGAACGCACCCAUUCCCAUUAGAUAUCUCUCAUCUAUAGUAUUUUUAGUAUUCUUGCCCUGGUGGAUUUCUCUCUCAUUUAAUAAAAGUCUGGAAUCUUGGAUUACUAAUUGGUGGAAUACUAGGCAAUCCGAAACUUUCUUGAAUGAUAUUCAAGAAAAGAGUAUUCUAGAAAAAUUCAUAGAAUUAGAGGAACUAUUCCUCUUGGACGAAAUGAUAAAGGAAUUCCCGGAAAGGCAUCUACAAAAGCUUCGUAUAGGGCUCCACAAAGAAACAAUCCAAUUGAUCAAGAUGCACGACGAGGAUCAUAUCCAUACGAUUUUGCACUUCUCGACAAAUAUAAUCUCUUUCGUUAUUCUAAGCGGUUAUUCUAUUCUGGGUAAUGAGGAACUUGUUAUUCUUAACUCUUGGGUUCAAGAAUUCCUAUAUAAUUUAAGCGACACAAUAAAAGCCUUUUCGAUUCUUUUAGUAACUGAUUUAUGUAUCGGAUUCCAUUCGCCCCACGGUUGGGAACUAAUGAUUGGCUAUGUCUACAACGAUUUUGGAUUUGCUCAUAAUGAUCAAAUUAUAUCUGGUCUUGUUUCCACUUUUCCAGUCAUUUUAGAUACAAUUUUGAAAUAUUGGAUUUUUCGUUAUUUAAAUCGUGUAUCUCCGUCACUUGUAGUGAUUUAUCAUUCAAUGAAUGACUGA